AUGUUUUUAUUAACUUACACUGAAAAUUGUGGUAUUUCAUAUUUAUUUACAUUCUUGUUACCAAAAGCUGGUCAAGUUGAUUGCUUAGCAAAGAUGUCAAGUUGUAUUUAUAUAUAUAAGCAUGUAGCUAUGUCUGAAGCUCUUUCUGUCACAGCCAUUGCUGUUGCUAAUUGUCAAAGAGGUUCACCAUUUAGAAAUCAAUUAAUACAACGGAAUAUAAUUGAUGGCAAUAAUGAAAAUAAUGAGCAUUUACAUAUUGAAAUGAUUGAUGUUAAAUGCGAUGGUGAAGCUCAUAUGACUGUCACUGUAAAUUUUGAAGAGCCAUUUAACGGUUUAAUAUACAGUCAAGGUUAUUUCAAAGACCCAAAAUGUAGAUAUGUUCAAGAAGGUAGCAACAAUAAUAUAUUCACUUUUAAUAUACCAUAUAAUGGAUGUGGCACAAAACCAUCAUGUACAAUUUGUUCAUCUUAUGAUAAUAUUAUUGUUAUACAAAGUGAUGAAAAUAUUCAAGAAAAAUGGGACAUCGCCAGAAAAAUAACAUGUAGUGGUGGACCAAAACAAGAAGAAAAACGUAUUAUAUUUAAACCAUUUAUUGUUGAUAUGUUAGAAGUUAUAAGUGUACCAACAUUAUCUGGAAAUAUCGAAUGUUGGAUGGAUAUUCAACAAGGUUCUUAUCCAAAUAUAUAUCCAAUAACAAAUAUUAUAAAAAUUGGUGAAAUAUUAACCGUAUUAAUAUAUUUGCGUGACCCAAACAAGGAAUAUGAUAUUAUUGUCAAGGAUUGUUAUGCAUUUGACAAUGAUAAUUUUGAUGACACUAAUACAAAUCGCCUACAAUUAAGUGAUAAAAAUGGAUGUUCUAGAAAAAAAAAUGUUUUUGGGCAAUGGACUAAAAUUGACGAGAAUACGCAAUUUAAUACAACAAAAUUAAUUUAUAAUACCCUAAAUGCAUUUAGAUUUCCGGAUAAAUCACAAGUCUAUUUAAAAUGUGAUAUUGAAUUAUGUAAAGAUAAAUGUAUAGAAUAUAAUUGUGAAGAUAAUAUUAAUACUCAGAAAUUUAUAUAUAAAAAACCUAUAAAAACAAUUUCGCCAAUAACAAAGAUAAGUGUAAUUGAUACUGAGACAACUGCAAUUGACAUUCCAGUGACAACAAGUGAUAAUAUAAUAUUAUCAUCAUCAUCAGUUCGAUAUAGGGAUUCAAAUUGUCAACCAACAAAUAAUAUAUUAUCCACACAUAAACCAUAUGAUUUAAAUAAGAUAUGUGAUCCAGACUCAAAUAAUAUUAACUGCAUUAAAUCUACAACGCUACGUCCAGCAACUAUUUUACAAGAAAAUUGUUUACCUGGUUCAAUUGAUCCAAAAUGUCUUACAAAAUUUACCCCUUUAAAUAAUAUUGGUAAAACAAAAUGUUAUAAGGGAUCAAAUGAUCCAGAAUGCUUACAAAUUAAAUCCACAACAGGAUCUUCCUAUUUACCACCAUACAUUUACUCAGAAAGAACUACCGAAGAACCAAUAACAACAACCAAUUUGAACUGUUAUCCUGGAUCAAGUGAUCAAAGAUGUUUACCUAAAACAACACUGACUCCAAUAUUUUUCCCUACAACAACAGUAUAUCCUGCUACUGUAAAAAAAUCAAGUUGCUAUCCUGGUUCAACCGACCCUGAAUGUUUCCGGUACACUUCUACAACAGCUGUGCCUUAUUUACCACCAGGAUCCGAUAAGUGUUACAAUAAUCCUAACGAUCCAAAUUGCAAAAAAAAAUAUACAACAUCGCACUCCGAAACUACAAAAAAAGUGCAGUGUUAUUCUGGAUCGACAGAUCCCAAGUGUCUUGAAACAACAACAACACGCACUACAAAACAAUUCGAAUGCUAUCCAGGCUCUAAAAAUCCAAAAUGUUUUUCACAAACCCAGAGUCCAUUUAUCACUACCGAAAAACCAACAUGCCAUGAGCAUAGCAAAGAUCCAAGGUGCCGAACACCAACAGCAUCCCGUUCUUUAACAACAACAAGAAUCCCUUGCAACGAAAAAUCUACCGAUCCACGUUGUAUGCAAAAAACAACUAAAUCAAUUUGUUAUCCAUUGUCGACCGAUCCUAGUUGCCUGAAAGCCACAACAGUUCGAAAAUCUACAAAAGGCCCUACAUAUUUGCCGCCCACUACCGCAAAACCCACGACUAAUUUAAAUUGCUACCCUGGUUCCACUGACCCAAGAUGUUCAAAACCAAAAACAUCUCCAACAAUUUGCUACCAAGGUUCUGUAGAUCCUAGUUGUGUCCAAUCAACAACAAAAUUCAAUUGUUAUCCUGGUUCAAAUGACUAUCGAUGUAAUCAAGUUACAACAGCUCGACCAAUUUGCUACGAAGGUUCCACAGAUCCUAGUUGUCCACAAAAAACAACAAAGCUCAACUGUUAUCCAGGAUCAACUGAUCCUAGUUGUCCGAAACUAACAACAGUUCGACCGCUCUGUUAUGAAGGCUCUACAGAACCAGGUUGUCCGAAACUAACAACAAAACUUAAUUGUUACCCAGGAUCAACUGAUCCAAGGUGCCCUAAGGCAACAACACCGCGAGCGAUAGUUUAUUCUACAUCAACAAAAGGCCCAGCGUAUUUGCCUCCUACUACUAGCAAAACUAUCUCAAAACUUAAUUGCUUCCCAGGCUCAACUGAUCCAGGGUGUCCGAAAACAACAACAGCUCGACCAAUUUGCUAUGAAGGUUCCACAGAUCCUAGUUGUCCCCAAAAAAAUACAAAAUUAAAUUGUUAUCCAGGCUCAACAGAUCCAAAAUGUCCGAAGCCAACAACAGCUCGACCAAUUUGUUAUGAAGGUUCCACAGAUCCUAGUUGUCCACAAAAAACAACAAAACUCAACUGUUAUCCAGGAUCAACUGAUCCUAGUUGUCCGAAACCAACAACGGUUCGACCACUCUGUUAUGAAGGCUCCACAGAUCCGGGCUGCCCUAACCUAACAACAAAACUUAAUUGUUACCCAGGAUCAACUGAUCCAAGAUGUCUGAAACAAACAACAGCACGACCGAUUUGCUACGAAGGUUCCACAGAUCCUAGGUGUCCACAACAAACAACAAAACUCAAAUGUUUCCCGGGAUCAAGCGAUCCUAGAUGUCCGAAACCAACCACGUCUCGACCAAUUUGUUAUGAAGGUUCUACAGAUCCGGGGUGCCCGAAACCGACGACACAACUCAAUUGUUACCCAGGAUCGACUGAUCCAAGGUGUUCAAAAGGAACAACUAAAGUCAGGUGCUACCCAGGAUCAACUGACCCAAGAUGCCCUAAGACAACAACACCGCGAGCGACAGUUGCUUCAACACCAUCAACAAAAGGUCCGACGUACUUGCCACCUACUACUAUUAAAACUGUUACAAAACCUAAUUGCUACCCAGGCUCAACCGAUCCAAGAUGUCCGAAACCAACAACAGCUCGACCAAUUUGCUACGAGGGUUCUACAGAUCCUAAUUGUACACAAAAAACAACAAAACUCAAUUGUUACCCAGGCUCAACAGACCCAAGAUGCCCCAAAACAACAACACCUCGACCAAUUUGCUAUGAAGGUUCCACAGAUCCACGUUGCCUGAAACUAACAACAAAACUCAAUUGCUACCCAGGGUCAACCGAUCCAAAAUGUCCGAAACCGACAACAGGUCGACCAAACUGUUACGAAGGUUCCAAAGAUCCAGGAUGUCCGACACUAGCAACAAAACUCAAUUGUUACCCAGGAUCAACUGAUCCAAAAUGUCCAAAACCAACAACAGGUCGACCAAUCUGUUAUGAAGGUUCCACAGAUCCGGGUUGCUCGAAACCACAAACAAAACUCAAUUGUUCCCCAGGGUCAACCAAUCCUAAAUGUCCGAAGAUAACAACAUCUAGACCAAUCUGUUAUGAAGGUUCCACAGAUGCAGGCUGCCCGAAACCACCAGCAAAACUCAAUUGUUACCCAGGAUCAACCAAUCCAAAAUGUCCGAAACCGACAACAGGUCGACCAAACUGUUAUGAAGGUUCCACAGAUCCGGGAUGCCCGAACCCAACAACGAAACUCAAUUGUUACCCAGGAUCGGCUGAUCCCAGGUGUCCACAAGCAACAACUAAAAUUAGUUGCUACUCAGGGUCAACUGAUCCAAGAUGCCCGAAAACAACAACACCACGAGCGAUAGUUUCUUUUACACCAUCAACAAAAGGGCCACCGUAUUUGCCACCUACUACUAUUAAAACUACCACAAAACUUGAUUGCUACCCAGGGUCAACCGAUUCAAAAUGUCCGAAACCAACAACAAGUCGACCAAUCUGUUAUGAAGGUUCCACAGAUCCAGGUUGCCCGAAACCACCAACAAAACUCAAUUGUUACCCAGGCUCAACGGAUCCAAAAUGUCCGAAACCAACAACAUCUCGACCAAUCUGUUAUGAAGGUUCCACAGAUCCAGGUUGCCCGAAACCACCAACAAAACUCAAUUGCUACCCAGGAUCAACUGAUCCAAAAUGUCCGAAACCAACAACAGGUCGGCCAAUCUGUUAUGAAGGUUCCACUGAUCCAGGUUGCCCGAAACCACCAACAAAACUCAAUUGUUACCCAGGCUCAACGGAUCCAAAAUGUCCGAAACCAACAACAUCUCGACCAAUCUGUUACGAAGGUUCCACAGAUCCAGGAUGUCCGACACUAGCAACAAAACGCAAUUGUUACCCAGGAUCAACUGAUCCAAAAUGUCCGAAACCAACAACAGGUCGGCCAAUCUGUUAUGAAGGUUCCACUGAUCCAGGUUGCCCGAAACCACCAACAAAACUCAAUUGUUACCCAGGCUCAACGGAUCCAAAAUGUCCGAAACCAACAACAUCUCGACCAAUCUGUUAUGAAGGUUCUACAGAUCCGGAGUGCCCGAAACCAAUGACACAACUCAAUUGUUACACAGGAUCGACUGAUCCAAGGUGUUCAAAAGGAACAACUAAAGUCAGGUGCUACCCAGGAUCAACUGAUCCAAAAUGCACGAAAACAACACCGCGAGCGAUAGUUUCUUUUACACCAUCAACAAAAGGGCCAACGUACUUGCCACCUACCACUAUUAAAACUACCACAAAACUUGAUUGCUACCCAGGGUCAACCGAUCCAAAAUGUCCGAAACCGGCAACAUCUCGACCUAUCUGUUACGAAGGUUCCACAGAUCCUGGAUGUCCGACACUAGCAACAAAACUCAAUUGUUACCCAGGAUCAACUGAUCCAAAAUGUCCGAAACCAACAACAAGUCGACCAAUCUGUUAUGAAGGUUCCACAGAUCCAGGUUGCCCGAAACCACCAGCAAAGCUCAAUUGUUACCCAGGCUCAACGGAUCCAAAAUGUCCGAAACCAACAACAAGUCGACCAAUCUGUUAUGAAGGUUCCACAGAUCCAGGUUGCCCGAAACCACCAACAAAACUCAAUUGUUACCCAGGCUCAACGGAUCCAAAAUGUCCGAAACCAACAACAUCUCGACCAAUCUGUUAUGAAGGUUCCACCGAUCCAGGUUGCCCGAAACCACCAACAAAACUCAAUUGUUACCCAGGAUCAACUGAUCCAAAAUGUCCGAAACCAACAACAAUUCGACCAGUCUGUUACGAAGGUUCCACAGAUCCGGGUUGCCCGAAACCACAAACAAAACUGAAUUGUUACCCAGGUUCAACCGAUCCAAGAUGUCCGAAACCAACAACAAGUCGACCAAUCUGUUAUGAAGGUUCCACAGAUCCAGGUUGCCCGAAACCACCAACAAAACUCAAUUGUUACCCAGGUUCAACCGAUCCAAGGUGUCCGAAACCAACAACAAUUCGACCAGUCUGUUACGAAGGUUCCACAGAUCCGGGUUGCCCGAAACCACAAACAAAACUGAAUUGUUAUCCAGGGUCAACCGAUCCAAAAUGUCCGAAGGCAACAACAUCUCGACCAGUCUGUUAUGAAGGUUCCACAGAUCCGGGUUGCCCGAAACCACAAACAAAACUCAAUUGUUACCCAGGGUCAACCGAUCCAAAAUGUCCGAAGGCAACAACAUCUCGACCAAUCUGUUAUGAAGGUUCCACAGAUCCGAGAUGCCCGAACCCAACAACGAAACUCAAUUGUUACCCAGGAUCGGCUGAUCCAAGGUGUACACAAACAACAACUAAAAUUAGUUGCUAUUCAGGGUCAACUGAUCCAAGAUGCCCGAAAGCAACAACACCGCGAGCGAUAGUUUCUUUUACACCAUCAACAAAAGGGCCAACGUACUUGCCACCUACUACUAUUAAAACUACCACAAAACUUGAUUGCUACCCAGGGUCAACCGAUCCGAAAUGUUCGAAACCAGCAACAUCUCGACCAAUCUGUUAUGAAGGUUCCACAGAUCCAGACUGCCCGAAACCACCAACAAAAGUCAAUUGUUACCCAGGUUCAACCGAUCCAAAAUGUCCGAAGGCAACAACAUCUCGACCAGUCUGUUAUGAAGGUUCCACAGAUCCGGGUUGCCCGAAACCACAAACAAAACUCAAUUGUUACCCAGGGUCACCCGAUCCAAGAUGUCCGAAACCGACAACAUCUCAACCAAUCUGUUAUGAAGGUUCCACAGAUCCGAGAUGCCCGAACCCAACAACGAAACUCAAUUGUUCUCCAGGAUCGGCUGAUCCUAGGUGCCCACAAGCAACAACUAAAAUUAGUUGCUACUCAGGGUCAACUGAUCCAAGAUGCCCGAAAACAACAACACCACGAGCGAUAGUUUUUUCAACACCAUCAACAAAAGGCCCAACGUACUUGCCACCUACUACUAUCAAAACUACCACAAAACUUGAUUGCUACCCAGGGUCAACCGAUUCAAGAUGUCCAAAACCAACAACAUCUCCACCUAUCUGUUAUGAAGGUUCCACAAAUCCCGGAUGCGCCAAACCAACAACAAAACUCUCUUGUUCUCCAGGGUCAACCGAUCCAAAAUGUCCGAAACCGGCAACAUCUCAACCAAUCUGCUAUGAAGGUUCCACAGAUCCGAGAUGCUCGCAACCAACAACAAAACUCAAUUGUUAUCCAGGGUCAACCGAUCCAAAAUGUCCGAAAACAACAACUUCUCGACCAAUCUGUUAUGAAGGUUCCAGAGAUCCGAGAUGCCCGCAGCCAACUACACAACUUAAUUGUUACCCAGGGUCAACCGAUCCAAGAUGUCCGGAACCAACAACCUCUCGACCAAUCUGUUAUGAAGGUUCCACAGAUCCGAGAUGCUCGCAACCAACUACACAACUAAAUUGUUACCCAGGGUCAACCGAUCCAAGAUGUCCACAACCAACAACUAAAGCCAGCUGUUACCCAGGAUCAACUGAUCAAAGAUGCGCUAAAACAACAACACCACGAUCGAUAGUUUCUUCCACACCCUCAACAAAAGGCCCAACGUACUUACCACCUACUACUAUCAAAACUACCACAAAAAUUGAUUGCUACCAAGGGUCAACCGAUCCAAGAUGUCCGAAGCCAACAACAUCUCGACCAAUCUGUUAUGAAGGUUCCACAGAUCCGAGAUGCCCGCAACCAGCUACACAACUUAAUUGUUACCCAGGGUCAACUGAUCCAAGAUGUCCGAAACCGACAAUAUCUCAACCAAUCUGUGAUGAAGGUUCCACAGAUCCGAGAUGCCCGCAACCAACAACAAAAAUCAAUUGUUAUCCAGGGUCAACCGAUCCAAAAUGUCCGAAACCAACAACAGGUCGGCCAAUCUGUUAUGAAGGCUCCACAGAUCCGAGAUGCCCGCAACCAACAACAAAAAUCAAUUGUUAUCCAGGGUCAACCGAUCCAAAAUGUCCGAAACCAACAACAGGUCGGCCAAUCUGUUAUGAAGGCUCCACAGAUCCGAGAUGCCCGCAACCAACAACAAAACUCAAUUGUUAUCCAGGGUCAACCGAUCCAAGAUGUCCGGAACCAACAACGUCUCGACCAAUCUGUUAUGAAGGUUCCACAGAUCCGAGAUGCCCGCAGCCAACUACACAACUUAAUUGUUACCCAGGGUCAACUGAUCCAAGAUGUCCGGAACCAACAACCUCUCGACCAAUCUGUUAUGAAGGUUCCACAGAUCCGAGAUGCCCGCAACCAACUACACAACUGAAUUGUUACCCAGGAUCAACCGAUCCAAGAUGUCCGAAACCGACAACAUCUCAACCAAUCUGUUAUGAAGGUUCCACAGAUCCGAGAUGCCCGCAACCAACAACAAAAAUCAAUUGUUAUCCAGGGUCAACCGAUCCAAAAUGUCCGAAACCAACAACAGGUCGGCCAAUCUGUUAUGAAGGCUCCACAGAUCCGAGAUGCCCGCAACCAACAACAAAACUCAAUUGUUAUCCAGGGUCAACCGAUCCAAGAUGUCCGGAACCAACAACGUCUCGACCAAUCUGUUAUGAAGGUUCCGCAGAUCCGAGAUGCCCGCAACCAACAACAAAACUCAAUUGUUAUCCAGGGUCAACCGAUCCAAGAUGUCCGGAACCAACAACCUCUCGACCAAUCUGUUAUGAAGGUUCCACAGAUCCGAGAUGCCCGAAACCAACUACACAACUAAAUUGUUACCCAGGGUCAACCGAUCGAAGAUGUCCACAAUUGCCACCUACAACUACUGUCAUUACGUCAUCAAAACCGAAAUGCUAUCCAGGAUCAGCGGAUCCAAAUUGUAAUGAAAUUUUAACUACAAAAAUACCAUUUUCAUGUUACCCUGGUUCAAUUGAUCCAAACUGCCCGCAAUACAAUAAAACACCAUUUGUUGGACCGACUUAUUUACCACCAUUUAAAGCAUUAGAUUUCAAUAAUAUUAAUAAUAAUUUAAUAAGUGCUGAAACAACAAAUAUAUUAAAUGAAAUAAAUCAAUUAGCAUUAUCUGAUAGUUCCUCAGCUCAUAAUAUCGAGGAGAAUAAUGAAGAUGAUAGUGAUUACAGAGAUGAAAAUUUAAAUAAAAGAAAGAAACGUAGUUUAAGAGAAAAUAAAAAUGUAAUUAAAAGUGAUAACAUGAGAACAAAUUCUUUAAGCAGUAAAUCCAAUGAUAAUAAUAACAAUAUAAACGGACAGAGAAACGAAAUUAUUUCUAUAACAUUAAAAUUUCAAGGAUAUAAAUUAGAAUAAAAUACAUUUUGUUUACAAUAUGUAUUAUUGUAUAU